AUUCACGUUUAGUUGUAUGGUAUUAACAUCUGAAAAAUGUAUACCUCAGUCUUACAGCCAUUUUUAACAUGGCAAGUUGUUCGGUCUUAUAUGUAAUUUGCUUGUGAUUUUAUCUUAUUUAGUAUUGCUGGCUAAUACUACUUUUUUAUUACAUAAAGAUUUACAGUUUUCUAGUUAUGAAGAGGGUAACACUUUUUGUCAAUGGCACUGACGUUUCAAAUGGCAAGGUAUUUUUAGUAAAUAGUUCAUUAGAUGAAUUGUUGACUGCAGCUGGUUCAAAAUUUAACAUUACUGCUAAAAGGAUAUUUAAUGUUCAAGGUGGAGAAAUCGAUGAUAUCAAUGUAGUUCGGGAUGACGAUGUUUUAUAUGUUUCAUGUGGAGAAGAUUUUAUUCCAAAGGAUAAGCCUUGUACUCGGAGUCAGAUAAAUCAGAAUUCAUUUAAUUCAGAAUGGAUUACAUUGAAUGUCGGUGGAAAAUAUUUCACAACAACCAGAGAUACUUUAACAAAAAAGGAACCAACGUGUAUGUUGGCCAGAAUGUUUACAGACGCCACAGACACAGAACAAAGAAUCUUACCUAGUCGACAAGACAAAAAUGGUGCAUUUUUAAUUGAUAGGAGUCCCACAUACUUUGAACCAUUGUUGAAUUAUUUAAGACAUGGACAGAUAAUACUUGAUGCCAAUGUGAAUGCAGCAGGUGUUUUGGCAGAAGCACGUUUCUAUGGAAUAGAAGGUGCCAUUGAUAUAUUGACUGCAAUGGCAGAUGAAAAAGAGCUUCAGAGGAGUGGUUUGGUAUCCCUUACUCGUAAAGAUGUACUUAAAGCAAUUAUGUCAACACCUACAACCUCAGAACUUAGAUUUCAAGGUGUUAAUUUUGUUGGUGCUGACUUAUCAAAGUUAGAUCUCAGGAAUAUAAAUUUUAAGUAUGCAAUUAUGCGUGGCUGUAGUUUAGCAGGUUCGAAUUUAUCUGGUUGUUGUUUUGAACGAGCAGAUUUGUCUUAUGCAAAUUUACAAGGUGCACAGUUAAUUCGCGUAAGGAUGAUGUGCGCGAAUUUAGCCGCUGCCGAUCUACAUUCAUGUAAUUUUGAAGACCCUUUAGGUGUACCCACUAAUAUGGAAGGUGUAAAUCUUAAAGGUGCCAAUCUUGAAGGCAGUAUCAUGGCUGCCGUAAAUCUUAGGGUGGCAACGUUAAAAAAUGCUAUUUUAAGAAACUGUAUUCUUAGAUCAGCUGUAUUAGCUGGUGCUGAUUUAGAGUGCUGUGACUUAUCGGGAUCUGAUUUACACGACGCGAAUUUAAGAGGCGCAAAUUUCAAAGAUGCUGCAUUCGAUUUGAUGUUAACGCCAUUACACAUGUCUCAAACGAUACGAUAAAUGUGGUUUAAGUUCUGUGAUGUAAAUAUUAUAUUUAUUUAAUUCGUAGAAUGAUUUUAGUAAUAUCAUUUUCGUAGAUGUACGAUGCAUUUAAUUAUU